AUGGCUGAUAGCAGUUCACCAGAUUACGAGGCUCUCUACUGUAAAGCGGAAGCGGAACGAAGGCAGGCAGAAAAGCGAGAGAGACACGAAGGAGAGUUGCGAAGGCAGGCAGAAGAGCGGGAAUCACAGGAGAGAGUGCGCAGCCAGCCGACAACACUAGAAGAGCUCAUCAAGGGUUGUCAUGAUUCAUUCUCCCAGCCUUUGCAGGUUGGAACCCCGCUCCAUGAAGGGAAGUAUUCCACCACCCACUGGGAAAUACUGCCCAACAAGUCUUUGCUUGUGUUUCCACAAUAUACAAUGUUCAUCGAAAACCCCUAUAGCAGGUCACGCCCAGGCCCAGAGACCAUCAUCAUUCACUACAAUGCCACAACGACGCGCUCAUGUCGUUGUCGCGUUGUGUUGUGGAGCGUGUUCUUUGAGGCCAGGAUUCGACAUCCCCUUAAGAAUACCUUUCCGCAUUCUAUUCAAGCUGAGCUUCUGUGUUGA